GCCAUUAGUUGAGUCAUGUAGUUUUUGUUACAGGCAUAUUGUAUAUUUUCGAGAUACAGUCUAGGAUAUCCUUAUGAUUUGUCCUUGCUGUUAGACCGCUCACUUUAAAAGUGCACAUGAUCCUAGUCAUAACAGUGAUGUAGAUUUUAUGAAGAAAAAAAUCAUCCACAUUGAACUAUAAAGAACAGAUGUGAGUAAGGCUUUAUACCAAAUGCAAUGACAGGACAUAUAACAGACAAAGUGUGGACAAUGGAUUGUGUAAUUUUUGUGUUGAUGCAAAUGUUUUGGCAAAUAAUUAGUAAAUCAACAGGCAGCCGUUGUUGAUUUGAUCAGGUGAAACGGUAGAUAUCAACAGUGGCUGGCCCAACUCAUGACUCCAAUUCGUAGGCCACCAACUCAACAACAAUAGAGAGAGUUGCCUUGGAUAAUAGGAGAGAUGACUGGACAAAACAAGAGUGGUGUUGGCGGCAUCACAACCGUACCAACAGCGCGAACAACCCUGGACACCACACCCCUACCAACAGUGCGAACAACCCUGGACAUCGUGCGAUCUAACUCCAGCAUGCCCGCGCUGUUCACCAACUCCACGGGCCCGACCUCGAGGCCAGGGGAUUACUUCAUGGAUGACGAGGAAGAAUUUGGAGAAGUACACGACUGGAGUUCUGUGCACACAUUCGUCAAUGUGAUGUUUAUUGUGAAUAUCGCAUCCGCUCUGACGCUCUGUUUCGUCGCGCUGGGAUUGUUCUUGACAUUAUUGGAUCGGAAGGUGCGUCAACAGCCGCCCAUGUGGUACAUCUACAGUAUCUCAGUGUUUCCCGUGCUUACAGGCCUACUGCUCCAUCCGCUCGUACAUUUUGGGAACGUGUACGGCCAUCGCGACCAGUGUCUUCUAGUCAUGUAUCUGGCCGAGUACGGAUUCUUUGCGCUUGGGACAAACCUGAUACUGACUAAUUUUGAGAUCUUCUUUACCAAAGUUCUGCCGUUACCGAAAUUUUUGACAUCUGAAUUUAACAGAUUUGUUAUUAUGACGCUCGCUGGGUGGCUAUAUUCGUCUAUUCUUGUUGCGCACGUUAUCGUAGCUAACAAUAAAGGCGAAGUCAUUUGUUUCCACAUCGAGGCGAACUGGGCCAGAACAAGUCGCUUAGUGUUCCGCGAAAUCAUACCAACGACUAUUACUGGCUUAUUCUCCAUUGCCACCAUAGCCACCUAUUGCCUAAAGAAGUCCCGUAUGAUGAUGCGACCUGACGUAAGCGGGAUGAAGGAGGUCCGGUUUGACGUCAGAAACGACGAGGGUGAAUGGAUUCGUUGUGUGUUGUUCCUCAACGCUGUGAUGCUGACGCGGGCUGUCACGAUGUCGAUCGUUGCAAACCCCAACAUGCCAGUUAGGCCAUUACACUACAAGAUACUGUUUAGUGUCCACGUGUUACACUCUCAGAGCAUCUAUUUUGUGCCGUAUUGCGCCUUGUUUAUCUCUGACGUUCGCACGUCACUUCUUACAUUGAUAAGAAGAGCUCUUAACUUUCUGAGCAAUGGAAAUUUGAGGUUUGGUGAAGAUCUGGAAAACCUCAGUGUCAGUUUUGGUAACAUUGCACAGAGCACGUAAACUUCGGUGUUUGUUUUGGUCCAAGAAAGUUGAUGAUAUUAUGCACCAAACCAACUAUAUAUUUCUGGCUGAGCGUACGAUUAUUGUAAAAACAGCUUACCAACGAGCGUUCGACAGAAACUGUACAAUUGUUUAUGGUGAUUUUGUCCGUUGAAAAUGAAAAACCUGACUUUGUGGGGCAACAUUCAUAUACAAAUAUUAAAAAUAAGGAAAUACUUUAUAGAAGUAGGAACUAUUGAAGUUCGUGUUUAUGUAAAAAAAAAUAAUAUAAAUUUAUAAUUAAAUCACAUUUUCUUUACAUUUAAUUACUCAUAUUUGUGUUUUUAACUUUGUAUGUGUAUAAGUGUUGCUCCAUUGUAUUUGUUAUAGCAGCCUUAUUAUAUGAAACGUUUCUUCUUAAAAUUGCAUGUAUAUACGUGAUUUUCACUGUAUAGUGUUGCUAGAUCUACAACUAUCAUCGAUGAACAUGCUCGUAUUCAUAUUCAUAAUGGAUAUUGUUUGUACAUAUUGAUGUCCCAAUUAAUCGGAACUACGUACAAUUUUGCUAUUUGUAUAAUCAAUAAGACGCCAAUGCGGCAAAGCAACCUAAAAUUUGCGCUCGUGACCUAGUUUUUAAACCAAGAAGACCCAUAUUUAUUCUUAUCAGAGAUAUUAUUGAUACAAAUAACCUGAUCAAAUUUCAUGAAGAUCAACCGAAACUAUUCAAUUUGUUUGAGGAAAAAUGAAGCAUUCAUAAAUACGUCAGCUUUUUCUAAAAGAUAAGUCACAGAGACCUAGUUUUUAACCCCAGAUGACACACCAAAGAAGCACGCUAUAAAAAUCCUGAAAAUUCAAUCAUUGACUGUGGUGCUGACGGGUCAAUGGUGUGUGAGUGCCAGUGUGAAAGCAUGUGUGCAUGUGAGUAUUUGUGUGUACAGUAUGUACGUAAACCGACCAAAUGUCAUGAAAAUUGGACAAAUAUUUUUGAAAUAUCCCCUAGUAUUUUUGUUUAAAUUAUGUUAUUCUUUAUUGUGACUACAAUAUCAUGCAGAAAAAAUGUAAAAGUUUCAUGAAAAGAACUCAUGACAUGGUGAAAAUAUUUCCUAAGAUUUGACCUAUCGACCUAAUUUUUCAUCUGAGGUGACCCAUAUUCACAAAUGUUCAAAACAAAAUAUAGACAAGUAUUCAUAACAAUUCGAUAACAUUUAUUGCUUUAUGACAUAUAAAAAUAAUUUCUAAGAUUUGACCUAGUGACCUAGUUUUUUACCUGAUGCGACCCAUAUUCACAAAUGGUUAAGACAACAUAUAGACUGACAACAUUUCAUAACAAUUAGAUAUAAAAAUAUGACAUGGGAAUUUUUUCUAAGAUUUGACCUUGUGACCUAGUUUUUCACCUGAGGUGACUCAUAUUCACAAAUGUUCAAAACAAAAUAUAGACACGUAUUCAUAAAAAAUGGAUAACAUUUAUUGCUUCAUGACAUGUAAAAAUAAUUCCUUAGAUUUGACCUAGUGACCUAGUUGUUUACCUGAUGCGACCCAUAUUCACAAAUGGUUAAGACAACAUAUAGACUGACAACAUUUCAUAACAAUUGGAUAUAGAAAUAUGAAAUGGGGAUUUUUUUCUAAGAUUUUACCUAGAGACCUAGUUUUUCACCUGAGGUGACUCAUAUUCAUAAAUGUUCAAAACAAAAUAUAGACAAGUAUUCAUAAAAAUUGGAUAACAAUUAUUGCUUCAUGACAUGUGAAAAUUAUUUCUAAGGUUUGACCUAGUGACCUAGUUUUUCACCUGAUGCGACCCAUAUUCACAAAUGUUCAAAACAAAAUAUAGACAAGUAUUCAUAAAAAUUGGAUAACAUUUAUUGCUUCAUUACAUGUGAAAAUUAUUUCUAAGGUUUGACCUAGUUUUUCACCUGAUGCGACCCAUAUUCACAAAUGGUUAAGACAACAUAUCGACUGACAACAUUUCAUUACAAUUGGAUAUAGAAAUAUGAAAUGGGGAUUUUUUUCUAAGAUUUUACCUAGAGACCUAGUUUUUCACCUGAGGUGACUCAUAUUCACAAAUGUUCAAAACAAAAUAUAGACAAGUAUUCAUAAAAUUUGGAUAACAUUUAUUACUUCAUGACAUGUGAAAAUUAUUUCUAAGGUUUGACCUAGUGACCUAGUUUUUCACCUGAUGCGACCCAUAUUCACAAAUGUUCAAAACAAAAUAUAGACAAGUAUUCAUAAAAAUUGGAUAACAUUUAUUGCUUCAUUACAUGUGAAAAUUAUUUCUAAGGUUUGACCUAGUGACCUAGUUUUUUACCUGAGGCGACCCAUAUUCACAAAUGUUUAAGACAACAUAUAGACUAACAAUCUUUCAUAACAAAUCGAUAUAAAAGUAUGACAUGGGGAUUUUAUCUAAGAUUUGACCUUGUGACCUAGUUUUUUCACCUAAGGUGACCCAUAUUCACAAAUGUUCAAUACGACAUGUCCUGAAGUAUUCUAACAAAGUUUCAUAACAAUUGGAUAACACCUCUUUAUUUUAUGGCAUGGGGAAUAUUUGACUAAAGAGUUGACUAAGUGGUGUUGUUUUUGACCUGAGGUAACCCCUAUUCACAAAAAAUAUCCAAGACAACAUGAA